GCACAUAGUACAAGCUCUGGCGUGCUCCCAACGCCUGACCUGCUGAACUUGAUUGUGUCUCACUCUACAGAUAUUUCAUACUUAGGAUUCACAUUUAUGUUGCAAUUCUUUUGAGACCGCUUCAGAAAUCGAACAAAAGCACAAUGGGGUUCUUUAUGUCGAAGUCCAUGGAUCAGAGCCUGAAGAAGCAGCAGGAGUUCAUGGUCCUCAACUCACGGCUCCAGUUGGAGCGCCAGAUUCAGAUGCAGAACCAGAUGAGGGAGCGACAGAUGGCCAUGCAGAUCGCCUGGUCCAGGGAGUUCCUAAACUACUAUGGUGCCUUCUUCGGUCUGGCAACCCUGGGCCUCACUGCUGGAGCUCUGAAGAGGAGGAGGCCGGGUCUCUUCAUUCCUGUGGUGCCGCUCAGCUUCAUCCUGGCCUACCAGAUAGAUCUGGCGUACGGCACACUAAUGCAGCGAGUUAAAGGGGAGGCAGAGGGCAUCAUGGUGGCGGAACACGAGCGUUUGGAUCUCCCUCACGGGGCGCCCACCUUUGAGAGCAUCGAGAAGGCCCGGCGAACCCAGGCACACCUUCUCAUGGAGAAAUGACCUUCCGCCCAAGAGUCCUCUACUGCUCACACUGCUCAACAUCUGAUUAUUAACUCUGAUGGCAAUAUAUCCCUACUCGUACAUAUAUAUAUGCAGUGCAGUCUAAGUAUUUGGACAGUGGUGUCCGCAGAAGACUUCAAAAACAGAUCUACAGACACUAUGCCACUUUUUUCUUUUCUUAUUUCGCAGCCUCAUAAUGGCUUCCUGGACUUUGUUGCUAAACACCAGAAACUCCAAAGGCAAUCAAAAGUUGAGAAUCAAGACUAAGUACUGACAGCUUUCUUAUUCCUGCACUAAGGUAUCAGUUGAGUACACCUCAAUCAGGAAUGGCUGAGAAGCGAACUGUCCAAUUACAUUUGGUCCCCAAAAAUGGGGGAACUACGUAUAAAAAGGAUGCAAUUCCUACAUGCAUCACAAGAUAUGGUUCUGAAUACCCUUGAAUUAAUAACUCAUAUUCAUUGUUUCAUUUGAAAUCAAGUGUUCUGCAGUACAGGGCUAAAAGAACAGGAAUUGUACCACUGUCUAUAUACUUAUGGACUGCACAAGACACACACACACACACACACACACACACACACACACACACACACACACACACACACACACACACACACACACACACACACACACACACACACACACACACACACACACACACACACACACA